CAACCUAACAUGGAUUCCUUCCAAGCCAAGGACAAGACUUGGCUCGGAGUAGAGGCGCUUUUGUCUGAUUUGCAAAAUUUAAUCGACGAUCGGGACUCUGCAGAUGUGUUGUUUCUAGUAGGCCAUGAUGAAACUGCAAUAUACGCUCACAGGCUUAUACUGGUAACAAGAUGUAAACAUUUCCAAAAUAGAAAACGAGAGCUGUGGUCUUCUAAAGCGGUUCAUUCACAGUUGACCGUGAGAAAGCCCGAAUUCCGACCUGAUGUGUUCCGCGAGGUUUUGAAGUUUUUGUAUACCGGAAAGGUUGAACUUCACAGUCGCACAGCCUUUGAAAUGCUGAGAAUAGCAGAGGAUAUGGAAAUAACUGAUUUACAGUUAGCCUGUGAACAGUAUUUUAUGGACAAUCUGAGUACUGAAAGUGCUUCAGAAUUUCUAGCAGAUGCAAUGUCGCUUUCCAGGGGAUUCAAUGCAAGAGGCAUGUCUUCACUUGUAGAUAAAUGCAUUGGAUUUAUGGAGGAAAAUGCUGAAGAGGUUGUAAAAACUGAAGGGUUUCUUCUCCUUCCUAAACCAGCAAUGAUCAGACUUGUGUCAAGUGAACAGUUUGCAGUGUCAGAAGAAGAGCUUUGGCGAGCUGUUCUGCUUUGGGCAAAAAGGGGAACUGGGGUAAACAAGCCAACCAGUCAAUGGACAGAAGAGGAGAACAAGAAGAUUAAAGAGGCAAUGUCAGGUGUUAUUGAACACAUCAAACUGCUGUUGAUUGACAGCAGUGUGUACGCUGAAGAAGUGGAACCAACUGGAGUAGUCCCUAUGGAGGUGUCUUUAGAAAGGUAUCGCUUUGCAGCAGUGCCGACCCAUUUCAGAAAAGCCGAGGAUCCCCGUUUAAGACCAAGAGCUUCUCAAAAGUUGUUCCAUGGUUCAACUUUACUAACAAAGGACUGCCUCAAAUUUCAAAACAUGCUCAAUACUUGGUUUGGGAAUGAAUAUCAGGAAUGGCAGUUACUUUACAAAGCUUCAAAGGAUGGCUUUUCGGCUGUAGCAUUUCAUACAAAGUGUGAUGGACAUUCACCCACAUUUACAGUUGUUCUUGGAACAAAUGGAAAUGUUUGUGGUGGAUUCAGUGAUCAGCCAUGGAGAAGUGAUAUUCCUCGUGGAAAAUACAUGCCAUCUGAAAGGGCAUUUUUGUUUACACUGGUGAAUUCUGAAGGUGUUCCUCCAACCAAGUAUGAUGUAACACAUCCUAAAUAUGCUACUCUACAUCAUCCAAGAUAUGGACCCAUGUUUGGGGCAGGGGCAGAUCUGUGUAUCAGUGAUGAGUGUCAUGAGAGGCCUGAGUCCUACUCAAACUUACCUCACUCCUAUGAUGGUCCCCAGGCCUCAACCAGUCUUCUCAUGGGAGACUACAACUUCACAGUAAAAGACUAUGAAGUGUUUGGUUUGAAGGCAGAGCCACUUUAUGAAAGAGUCUAAUGAGUGGAGCCAGAAAAAGAUGUUUUACAUGUAACUAGAAAGAUAAUCUUUUCAUUAGUGAUGUAACAAAUUUCUACAUGAAUCAUGUUACCUCGAGAAGGCAGAUCAAUAUCAGUAUCUGGGCAACGGCCCACCUACCCCUCC